AUGCAAAUCAGCACGGACUUUGAAGGGGAGCUACCCUGUAGUGCCCUGAUCUAUCCUUUCGUCGACUUUUUGCAAAUUAUAGACCACUGUUUUUUGUUCGUCACAUACAUCGAUAGAUCUUUGAAAGGAAAACCAAGAGCUGGAUUCCUACACACACAACUUUUGAAACCUCAGCAUACAUACAUACAGUUGAUAUUGUUUUUGACUUAUCAAAUAUAUAAAAAAGAUUUGUUUCCAAAGUCAUUGAAUAAUAAAUUUGGGUCUCGGUCAUUCGGCUUUACUAGCUUGGUUUUGUAA